UCUCGACAUCGACAGAUCUUGGAGCGGCUUACGAACGCCCAGCGACAACCAGCAGCUGGAAAGGAAUUCAAAAGACACUUGAUGAUUAUGGCGUAAACGGUUCAAGAUGAAGACGGAUUUCAAGUUCUCCAACCUGCUUGGAACGGUCUACCGCCAGGGGAACCUGGUCUAUACCUCCGAUGGAACUUGUCUAAUUUCACCCGUCGGAAACAGAGUCACGGUGUUUGACCUGGUCAACAACACAUCCCACACAUUGCCACUGGCCCAUCGGACAAAUGUUGCGCAGAUAGCUCUGCAUCCCCGGGGACAACUAUUACUCACGGUAGAUGAGCAAGGCCAUGCGAUUCUCAGUCACUUUACUCGACGGAUAGUACUGUACCACUUCUCGCUCAAAGCUCGGGUGAGCGCAUUGCUCUUCUCACCAUGUGGGAAGUUUUUCGCUGUCGCACUCGGCAGGAAGAUUGAGGUGUGGAAGACCCCUUCGACCCCGGGCUCAUCAGACUCUCCCGAAGGGAACGAAGGAGGCCUCGAGUUUGCUCCUUUCGUGCGCUACAGACAGUAUGUCGGACAUCAUGAUGAAGUUCAGAACAUCGAGUGGAGCAGCGAUUCUCGUUUCUUUCUAUCCGCAAGCAAGGACUUGACCGCGCGAAUAUGGAGCUUGGAUCCAGAGGUCGGCUUCACCCCCACUGUCCUAGCUGGACACAGGACGGCUGUAUAUGCCGCCUGGUUCAGCGAAGAUCAAGAAACCAUCUACACCGUCUCCAAGGAUGGUGCACUCUUCCAAUGGCAGUAUCUGCCCCCUGCCGGUGCCGAUCCGGAUAAUAUCUCCGCGGACGAUGAACGCUGGCGAAUAAACGAGCGAUACUACUUUUAUCAGUCACAAGAUCACGCGCACCUCACCACCGCCGCCUUCCACGCCGCCACCAAUCUAUUGGUGACGGGAUUCUCCAACGGCCUCUUCAUGAUACACGAGCUUCCCUCCUUCUCCGAAAUCCACAAAUUGUCCAUCUCCGCCUCUCAAAUCUCUACCGUGUCCAUCUCACCUGAUGGCUUGUGGCUCGCCUUCGGCGCAUCCACGCUCGGACAGCUCCUGGUGUGGGAAUGGCAAUCCGAAUCCUACAUCCUCAAACAACAAGGCCAUUUCGAUAAUCUCAACGCACUCACGUACAGUCCCAGCGGCGAUCGCAUCAUCACCACUUCCGACGACGGAAAAGUGAAAGUGUGGGAUGCGGCUUCGGGCUUCUGCAUCGUCACAUUCACCGAACACACCUCGGGCGUGACAGCCUGCGAAUUCGCAAAGAGAGGAAAUGUCCUCUUCACGGCUAGUUUGGACGGUAGCGUGAGAGCUUUCGACUUGAUCCGAUAUCGAUGCUUCCGCACCUUCACCGCAACCAAACGAUUAUCCUUCUCGUCCAUCGCGGUAGAUCCUUCCGGCGAGGUCGUGGCAGCUGGAAGUCUGGAUGACUUCGACAUCCACCUCUGGUCCGUGCAGACGGGACAAUUACUCGACCAGCUAGCAGGACACGAGGGACCGGUGUCGAGCCUCGCUUUCGCUCCAAAUGGCACGAGUCUGGUGUCUGGAUCUUGGGAUCGCACGGUCAGGAUUUGGUCGGUGUUUGCACGCACGCAGACUUCAGAGCCCCUUCAACUGCAAGCAGAUGUGCUUUCCCUGGCUGUCAGACCGGACAGCAAACAAAUCACCGUUUCGACUCUUGACGGACAGCUUACGUUUUGGUCCGUGAGCGAAGGCACUCAAGAGUCUGGCAUGGAUGGGCGAAGAGACGUGAGCGGCGGCCGGAAGAUCUCCGAUCGGAGGACCGCUGCGAACGUAGCGGGCACGAAGAGCUUCAACACUCUGACCUACAGCGCCGACGGCAGUGUUGUGCUCGCUGCGGGGCUGUCAAAGUACAUCUGCCUGUACGCGGUGGAGACCGGCGUCCUGCUACAGAAGUACACAGUCUCCGUCAAUCUGUCUCUGGAAGGCACGCAAGAGUUCUUGAACUCCCGCAUGCUGACCGAGGGCGGGCCUCAAGGUCUCCUCGACGAACAAGGAGAAGCAUCCGAUUUGGAAGAUCGCAUCGACAAGUCUCUUCCUGGAUCCAAACGAGGGGACGCAGCGCAACGCAAAACCGCACCAGAAGUCCGAGUGGCCGGCGUCGCCUUUUCCCCCACUGGCCGCGCUUUCUGCGCCGCAUCCACAGAAGGCUUGCUCAUCUACAGCCUGGACGCAGGCGUGCAAUUCGACCCCUUCGACCUCGACAUCGACGUCACGGCCGAAAGCACCCUUGACGCCCUCGCGCAGCACGAAUACCUCAAAGCAUUAGUCAUGUCCUUCCGCCUCGACUCGCCCAAACUCACCACGCACAUCUACCGCUCCAUCCCCGUCUCGGACAUCCGGCUUGUAGUCCGCGACGUGCCGGAGGUAUAUCUCGAGCGACUGAUUGGGCACGUGGCGAAGGAAGCAGACACGAGUCCGCGGAUGGAGUUGAAUUUGCUUUGGACGGAAUGUUUGCUGAAGGUGCAUGGGAGGGUGCUGAAGGAGAGGCAGCGGGAUUUUGCGGAGGUGGUGAGGUUGUUGCAGCGGGCGGUGGGCAGGAUGCAGGGGGAGAUUAUGAAGUUGGCGGAUUCGAACGCGCAUGCUGUGGAGUUUUUGCUUGCACAGUCGAGGACGGGGAGCCAUGGCGGAGGAGAGUCGAGAUUAAUGUCAGGGGUAGAGGAAAGGAAAGAGGAUGGGGAGGACGGGCAGUGGAUUGGGUUGGAUUGAGAGCUCGCCCGAUCGCGUAGGAGAUACCCUGCUAGCUGGAUGGCCUUUAUCAUGUGCCCAAGGUAGACGACAGGGACCCCAGCGACUACCAUUAUCAGCGAGGUUUCCCAGCCCAGCCUCGCCACGAUGAAGAUAUCAGGAUGACUGGCGUGCAUGCGUAGACUUGGCUUGAGUGAUGGUGGCAAGAGACUAGGAUCAUCUCUCCAUCGCUACAUUACAUGUACACAUGGUCAAGG